GGCGCCCCGUCACCGUGGCGACCGCGGGGCCGGUCCCGGGGAAGGCGGGUGAUGGGUUGACAGGUGCGUGACAGUCGGGGAGCUUCUCCGCAGGCAUGUACGGCAAAGGCAAGAGCAACAGCAGCGUCCCGUCCGACAGCCAGGCCCGCGAGAAAUUAGCACUGUAUGUAUAUGAAUACCUGCUCCAUGUAGGAGCACAGAAAUCAGCCCAGACGUUUCUAUCAGAGAUAAGAUGGGAAAAAAACAUCACACUGGGGGAGCCCCCAGGAUUCUUGCAUUCCUGGUGGUGUGUGUUUUGGGAUCUCUACUGUGCAGCUCCAGAGAGACGAGAAACAUGUGAGCACUCGAGUGAAGCAAAAGCCUUCCAUGACUACAGUGCUGCAGCAGCUCCCAGCCCAGUGCUAGGAAACAUUCCCCCAGGAGAUGGCAUGCCAGUAGGUCCAGUACCACCGGGGUUUUUUCAGCCUUUCAUGUCCCCUCGCUACCCUGGAGGCCCAAGGCCACCUCUGAGAAUACCCAACCAGGCCCUCGGAGGUGUCCCGGGGAGUCAGCCCCUCCUGCCCAGCGGGAUGGACCCCACACGGCAGCAGGGUCAUCCAAACAUGGGUGGGCCGAUGCAGAGGAUGACUCCUCCSAGGGGAAUGGUGCCAUUAGGACCACAGUCUGACCCUUGGUUGUCGUUGCAGAACUAUGGAGGUGCCAUGAGACCCCCUCUGAACGCUUUAGGUGGCCCGGGGAUGCCUGGGAUGAACAUGGGUCCUGGGGGUGGGAGACCUUGGCCAAACCCAACCAAUGCCAAUUCUAUACCUUAUUCCUCAGCAUCUCCUGGGAACUACGUGGGUCCUCCAGGAGGUGGAGGUCCACCAGGAACACCCAUCAUGCCUAGUCCWGCAGAUUCAACCAACUCUGGAGACAACAUGUACACUUUAAUGAACGCUGUGCCACCUGGGCCCAACAGACCUAAUUUUCCACUGGGACCAGGCUCAGACGGACCCAUGAGCGGGCUGGGUGGAAUGGAUUCACAUCACAUGAAUGGAUCGUUAGGCUCAGGAGACAUGGACAGUAUUUCCAAAAACUCUCCCAGUAAUAUGAGCAUGAGCAACCAGCCUGGCACUCCCAGGGAUGACAGUGAGAUGGGUGGAAACUUCCUAAACCCUUUCCAGAGUGAGAGUUACUCCCCUAGCAUGACAAUGAGUGUGUGACCCGUUCACAAGUGUCGCCAUGAAGACCACAGUGAGUUGGCCCUCUCCAGAGAGCUACUGCAGAAGAAAAUUUUAAGUCCCAGUGUACAGUUUAACUAAAGGAUCUCAGACACAAUCAGACCCACCUGGUUUUUUUUCCUACCAUCUCCCCUGUUUUAUCAAGAAAGUGGGUCCCAAACAUGCUUGAGACAACUGUAAAGAGUGGCAUGAGCCAGGUGCCCGAGGUGGAGCUGCAAGCGCCUGUCUGUGUGUGUACAUGUGUGGGUCGGCGUGGGGUGUGUGUGUGUGACACACAAACACACACACACACACACACAGACCCCAGGACAUUGUAAAAUAGUAUCACAUGGCAUCUUAUGUAGAAAUCAGAAGUAGGGACUUUUAUUCCAUUUCUUUUUUUUUUUUUUUUCACGUUUACAUUUUAAUUAUUAAAAUUUGCUUUCCCUCUCCCCUCCUGAACUGUUUUAUGUUGCAUAUAUCACUCCUUUAUAAGUUAUUGUUUAAGUUGAACUCAAAGAACGAAUUCUUUUGAUUUUGUUAGUGUCUGCUAUUAUGGAUAGGAAUAAAAUUGCUUAUACGAGCUUUCAUUAACAUGUGUUUGAUACCAGCUACCCUGUGAAUCACAAAUUGUACUGUCUCAAGAAAUAGAAGAAAGCUCAUCUUAAUUUUUUGGAGAAAUUUAAUAACUUCCACSUAGUUUGGGGAUUUUUUUUGAUACUUUGCCUUUAAGAGAAAAAAAAAAAAGCACUGAAGGUUAUUUUUCUUCUUUAAUUGAAGCCUGAUAUCUGCAAUAUCUAUUUUAAAUGGAAGCCUGAAUUUGAUACAAGCUUCUCAGUUUAUAUAGAGUACUAUAAGGUUACUGUAAGCGAGCUCCAAUUGCUAUAGAAUCUAGCAAUAAAGUGUCAGGGCUUCUCCUGCCCUUGGAAUUGAAUUUUCUAUUUAGCAUGGUCUUCUGUAGGGGUGGUAGUUAGUGGAAAUAUGGUAGAGUCCUUAUUACCAAAACAUUUUCUAACAACUUAAAAUUAAUGCUUCCCAUUUUCAGUGAUUCUCAAACAAAUAUGAGCAAUCUGUGUUCCUAAUUAUAAACAGUAUUUCCCAAUCCCACUUUGAAAAUCAGGUCACCCUGCUACUUGGGUGUAUGCAUUUCUACCUUAUCUGCCAGAAUUACUUCCCCAAAACUUGCCAGUCAGCAGCCUUUUUUUGUUUUUUUGAGCCAAAAUGCCGCAGUAAACUUUAUAUGACUACUAGCCUUGUGAGGGUGUUACCUUUUGCCAUGAACAGRAGAGGAACAAAGGCCUGGGCCCUUUUAUAUGGAGGACAACUAGUUAGGGACAGAAUGCAGGAAAGGGCCUAAAGGAAACACUUCUGGAAGCAUUCCCAUUUCUCUUCAGGCAGAGCUCUGAAACCAAGAUUAUGGUACAUUCAGUUCCGACAGGUUUUCAGAUCCCCCAAGAA